AUGAAUGAUGAAAUUCAAACAUUUAUCGAGUUUUUACUCGAUACUGAAACAACAUCAGAAACAUUAUUUAAUCAAGCAAUUACUGAAAAACAGGAAUUAUAUAAUAAUGUGCGCAAUGGUUCUGUUUUUAAGAAAAUAGUCGAUCAAAAAUUCCAACAAUGGAAAAUUUAUUAUCAAAAAGAACAAAGUGCUAUUGCUAAUGAAAUAGCUUUAAAUGCUGGCAAUGAAACAUCGGAUGAAGAAUCCGAGAGUGAAUACGAACAAGAAUCAUCAUCUGAUGAUGAAGAUGAAAAAAUAUCACAAGUACAAAUGCAUAAAAAAGGCCAGACAAUUCAAUCGAUUAAACAAUCUGAGAUCUUCAUCGAUCCAAUUAGUCAAUGUAAACGACUUCUUCAAUUUUUAUAUUAUUGUCAACAAGAUUAUACUCAUUUGACUGAUCUUUAUUUUCAUACGCUUGAUCAUUGUGUUAAGAGUGAAAAUGAAAAGAUUGGUGCUGUAGCUUUACAACAAAUUGCAUUACAUUUAUCAGAUGAUGUUAAUGAUCAAAAACAAUAUCAACGACUUAUUCAAUUACUUCCAUCAAAUUUAUUAUCUUCUACUAUACCUGAAAUAUAUAAACCUAUCUUAACAACAAUUGAAAUUCUUCGUUCAAGAAAACAAACUAAUCAAGAUAUAUUAACAGUUAUGUCAUCAAAUGAUCUUGAUAUUCUCUAUCCAUAUAAAGCACGUUUUCUUGAUUUACAUCGUGAAUUUCGUGAUAGUACACAUUAUUUUAUUGAUGGUGAUUCAUUAAUUCUAUCUAUUGCUCAUCAUAUUAAUAUUGAUCUUAUAUCAUAUUAUGGUAAUACACUUCAUAUUAUUUUUAUUAUUGAACGUAUUCUUCUAAUACUUUUUAAUCAAACACAACAAUCUAAUUAUACAUUAAUAUUUUUUGAUUGUCAUUAUCAAUAUUAUGAAAAAGAAAAUUCUAUAUUAAGUCUUAUUCGUACUUGUUUUAUAAUUCAUCUUUUAAAAAAUAUUAACAAAUAUGGAUUAUUAAAAAUAAAAAAAUUUUCAUCAUGGCUUGAUAAUGAAUAUAUAAAAUUUAUUUAUGAAGAAAAACCACAUUUUAUAUUCUAUCAUGAUAUGUCAAGUUUUGAUAUUAAUAAAGAUCAUCUUUUAUCAUCAAUUGCAUUAAAAAAUCUUCAUUAUAUUUAUCGUUUAUUUGGUAAUUAUCAUCAAUAUUAUCAUCAAUCGAAUUUAUAUCUAAUGAAUAAAUUAAUAUUAACUGAUACAAUGGUUAAAUGUUUUCGAAUUGAAUUUAAGGAAAAAAUUUCAAUGAAUUUAUUAGUAAAAAAAGUUAGAAUACUAUCAUCUUAUCAAAUUUUUUCCAUAUCAGAAAACAAUGAUUCAAUCGAAUUUGAAAAGAAAAUCUAUGAAAUAACAAAUCAAAAUGAUGUACGACUUUUUCUUUAUCUCAAAGCAAUAAUGAAUAUUAUGGAAACGAAAAAUGAUCAAUCAAACAGCAAAUCUUUGUUCAAUAGUAUUAGUCAACUACUUGUUCUUCAUGUAGCUCUUCUGAUUCGUUUAUCAUUAAUCGAUCGUCAUCUUCCAUCAAAAUUUCCUUCAAUUACAUUUAGUUCGAUAUUUUCUCAAUUGAUUAAUCAAUUUCAAGAAUGUCUUACAUCAUGUCUAUGCUCAUAUUCUUCAUUAUUAUCGUAUUCAAAAAUAGUUGAUAUGUUUGAUGGACGACUUUUUGCUUUUACUAUCUAUCAACUCAAACAAUCAUCAUCGAAAAUGAGAUUUGAUUCAAAUACAAUGAAUAUUGUCAAACAAUGUUUAACUUUAUUGAAAUUUUCAAUAGAUGAAAAUAUAUUUUAUAAUAUAGUAGAAGAAUUAAUUCAAUCAAAACAUAUUAUAUUUGCAACUUCAACAUCUGAUAGACAACUAGUACCAAGUGAAAAACAAAAAAUUGUGAAAAUAUCAAAUUCAUUUAUUGAUAAUUAUUUAAAACCAAUACUUUCAACAAAUAAUCAAUGGACAUUCGAUUUUAUCAAUCCUGAUGAAAGUUCUUCAGCUCGAUAUGAAGGAAAAUAUCAUUGGCAUGUAUACAAAGAGGUUGGCGAUGAGAUAAGUCGUAUACGAAAUAAUGAUGAUGCAUACAGAAGUUCGAAUAAAUACCGUUAUCGAACCAAAAAUCAACAAAAAUUUUAUACGUAUUUCACAUUGUAUGGUAAAUCACUUACAAGUCGUGAUGUAAAAGAUAAUCAACUAGAAAUCGUUCUUCCGGCUACACAUACUGUGAAUAUGGAUAGAACAAAUUCUGCAUCUGGUGAUAAGAAAAAACAAAAAAAAAUUCAUCAAACAAAAGCUGAAAAGAUUAUAGAAGAAAAUAAACAACGAAAAAUUGAUAAACAUAUGGUAGAUGAAAGUGAACAAAUUAUUAAUGUUAAAGAUUUAUUAAAACAAAUUCCAAAUGAUAAUUAUUUAAAAGCUAUUGAAAUUAUUGAUGGAAGUUUAUCGAAAUUUAAAACAUCUUUAAAUCGUUUUGAAUUACUUAAACGAAAAUUUUCUUUACAACGAAAAUAUUUACAAUCAUUGAGAAAAAAAAGUACAUUAACAAAUGAAGAAAAAUCUAAAUUAGAUUAUCUUGAAAUUGAUUAUUUUGCAACAAUGGCUGAAAUGAUUAAUCUUGAUAAUAUUGUUGAUGCAUUUAAUGAAAAGAAAAAAUAUAUGGAAGAACUUCUUGAUAAUUCACCAUUAGAUCGAGAAAAAUGGUAUCGAUUUCAAAUAGAAAAAAUUAAUAGUCGAUUACCAAGAUGUCAAAAAGGUAUCCCCGAUAGUCGAGUACCUGAUUUUAUUCCAGACAAUUGGCAAGUAAAAUUUCUUGAUGCUGUUGAUAAACAACAAUCAAUUAUAAUUGUAUCGCCAACAGCUUCAGGUAAAACUUAUGCAUCAUAUUAUGCUAUGAAUAAAGUACUUAAAGAUCGAGAUGAUCCAAAUGGUAUUUGUGUAUAUGUAGCACCAACGAAAGCACUUGUUAAUCAAGUUGCCGCAACAAUUCAUUAUAAAUUUGGUUCUGUAUUUGGAAUUUUUACACGAGAUUAUCGUACAAAUAUGAACGGAUGUCGAAUUUUAGUUACUGUUCCACAAUGUAUGCAAAUUCUUCUUCUAUCACCUAGUCAUCAACGUUGGUGUCAAAGAAUAAAAUAUGCUAUUUUUGAUGAAAUUCAUUGUAUGUCUGGUGAAGCUGGAUCUGAUGUUUGGGAAAAAACAAUGUUACUUAUUAAUUGUCCUAUGAUUGGCCUUUCAGCAACAGUUAAUAAUGGAGAUGAAUUAUGUCAUUGGAUUGAAAAUAUUGAAAAUCAACGUUCUAAAUUAUUUCCAACAUCAAAACCACGCCAAGUAUGUUUUAUUGCUCAUCAUGAACGUAUGGCCGAUUUAAAUAAAUAUUUAUAUUCAAAUCGACAAUUAUAUCCAAUUCAUCCAAUUGGUCUAAUGAAUGCAAAACAAUUAAUAACACGAGGUGUUCCCAAAGAUUUUUCAUUAUCACCUUAUGAAACUUUACAAUUAAAUGAUGCUAUGAAAACAUUAUCAACUAAUAGAACAGGAAAUGAUGUUGAAGUAAAUCCAAUACCAACAUUAACACAAUAUUUUGAACCCGAUUGGAUAAUCGAACGAACUAAAUGUAAUGAUUAUUCUCAAUUUGUUCGUAAUCAAUUCGAUAGUUUAAUUGUUAAUAAAGAAAAUACAAUUAUUGAUUCAAUUGUAACAUCUCUUAAACCAAUUGCUUCGAAAGAUAUUCGUUAUCCUGAAACUAAAUCAACAUCAUCAUUAAUUAUUGAUUUUAUAUUGACAUUAAAAGAAAAAAAUCUUCUACCUUGUAUUGUUUUUUCGGAUAAUCGAAUGUUAUGUGAAACAAUGGCUACAAGUGUUGCUGAAUAUUUUGAAAAUUUAGAAAAAAAUUUAAGAGAAACAAAAUAUAAAAAUCAAAUUGAAUUAUUAAAAAAACGUUUAGAAACAAUUGAAAAAACUGCAAAAAAAGUCAAACAAAAAAAAAUAUUAAAAUCUUCGAAUAAUCGAAAUCAUGAUGAAGAUAAUAUUGCUGAAUUAGAAUUAUUAGAAGAAGAAAAAAAUAAUCAAAUGAUACUUUCCAGUCUUGAACAACAAUUAUUAGAUGGUAUGUUAGAUGAAGGUACAUUAGCAAAUCGACAUGAAUGUGAUCGAGAAUUAGUUGAUUCUCUAUUAAAACGAGCAUCAUCAGAAAAUCCAAGAUUAGUUGGAUAUAUGCAACGAGGUGUUGCUUAUCAUCAUGCUGGUUUAAAUAAUAAAGGUCGAGUAGCUGUUGAAGCACUUUUUCGUAAUCGAUAUGUUCAAGUAGUUUUUUCUACGGCAACACUUGCUUUGGGUAUUCAUAUGCCAACAAAAACUGUUGCUUUUGUUAAAGAUUCAAUCUAUCUUGAUGCAUUACAAUAUCGACAAUCAUCAGGUCGUGCUGGUCGUCGUGGUUUUGAUGUUCAAGGUCAUGUUGUAUUUGUUGAUAUACCUUUACCAAAAAUUAGUCAUUUACUUAUAUCAGCUAUACCAAAUAUUCGUGCACAUUUUCCAACAAGUGUUACAUUUUUAAUGCGUCUUCUUCAUCUAUGUUCAAAUGCUAAAGAUUCAAACGAUGCAAUAAAUCGAUCAUUAAUUGCAUUACAAUGUUCUUUACUUACACAAUCAUCUAUAAAACAUCAAUUAAUAGAUAUUCAAACACAUUUUCAUUGUUUAUUUACAUUAGAUUUUCUUUAUCGAUUAAAUUUAAUUAAUCAACAUGGUGAUCUUAUUGGUUUAGCUGGUCUUCUAACACAUUUACAUUAUUUUGAACCAGCAAAUAUUUUGCUUAUCUAUCUUAUGGAUACUCAAUAUUUUCAUUUAGUUAAAGAUGAAAUAAGUAUUAUGACUAUAUUUGCUUAUCUCUUUACUUAUAUGCCAUGGCUAAUUACAUACCGUGAAUACCAAGAUCUAUCAGUAUGUCGACGAGAAUCGAAAUAUAAUUCGAAAUUAUUUUUACCAAUGAUUUCGAAUGAAUUUCGAAAGCGUGUUGAUGCAUACAAUUCAAUAGUUAAAGAUGUAUAUGGAUGUUAUAUAGAAAAUGUAACAAAAUAUUUACGUUCAUUAAACCAUGAACAAGAAGAAAUCUUACCUUUUUCAAAUAUAUCAUUUUCUCAAAAAUCUGAUUAUGAUAAUGGAACAUUUGAAUAUAAUCUUCAUUAUCAUCAAUCACAACAAAAAACAAAUCCAUCAAUAUCACCAUUUGCUGGUCUAUCUGGUCUUACACAUGAACAAUUUAUGUCAAAUUAUAAUUCAAUUAUUAGUUCAUGGGAUCUUGUUUAUGAUCUUGAUUUAUCACCAAAAGUUAUUCCAUUUGUUGAUAUUGAUUGUCGUGAUCAUACAAAUACAUCAUAUCAUUUGAACAGUUAUGGAUUAGAUUUUUUUAAACAAGGUUCUGAAACAUCAUUAAUCAAUGAAAAUGGCUUAAGUCCCGGUGAUACAUAUAGUCUUUUAUUGGAUCUUCAUCUUGUACUUUCGUCUGUUAAAACAUCAUUAGAAGUAAUUAUGAAGAAUGAACAAAAACAGACUACAAACAAUGAUUUAGUUAUAUUUGAGUCAUUGUAUAAAACAUUAUCAAAUGUACAAUAUAUAUUUUCAAGCAAUUUUCAAAGACAAUAUCCAAGUCGAAAUCAAAUGUAA